AUGCUCAAACGCUACGUCGCCAUCCGAGGUUUUGUGCAUCAACUCAACGACCGCACUAUCCUCUCUCUUCUCUCCACCGAUGAGCAAGACAAGGAAAUCGACAUCUUGCUGGGGAUCCUUGGCGAGCUAGAAUCAGGAACCAAAGACCAACAAGCUGAAGACUCCACUAUUUUGGACGCACGCAACCUCUUCGACGAGACGAUCCUGCUAUACCCAGAUGCGGCCAAGCGUUUGGGCCCAAACGCCGACAUUUUGGUCAGCCCGAAUUUCGAAUCUGCCGUGACGAAGUUGUUGAACAACGCGGCGGGUCAGUUGAGUGCCGUUGAGCGGGAAAGCGUUUGUGGAUUGCAGAUGUACUCACCAGCCACUCAGAAUCCAAGCGACAAGCCUUUGACCCUGGCGGAACGAGCAAAGAAACGAAAGAAGACAAGUCAUGAGGAUCGAGGGAAGUCAGAACACUUGGAUGUGCUCGGUGUGCAAGCGCCAACUCAAGUCAAUGUGGCUAGUAGUGGCUACACCAAUCUGUACAGCCUCCUCAAGCUGAAGCACCCUGGGCUUGCUGGGAUCUACGCUGAGGCCAUUGGGCAAAAUUCGAAGUCUGCUCCGUUGGACGCCUGGUUCGAUCCUAAAGCCACCAACAUCUUUAACUGGAUCGAGUGGCUUAUCAUGAACGAGCACGAGUUCACCUUUGUGGAAAGUCAACUGACGCGGAAAAACUCAACGUUGAAACCCAUUUCUGUCAAAACGAUAAAACGCUACUGUUUCAAGUUGGUGAAGGCCGUGGAACGACGUGUGUCGAGCGCUAUGGCUGGCCGGCCGUACAGCAUUGUGUUUGAUGGGUGGUCCAACGACUCUACGCAUUUCCUCGGAAUGUUUGUCUCGCUCCCGAAUGUGUACGCAAGCAUCGAAAAGUGGUUCGUUUGUCUGAUUGGCGACAAUUGUUCGACCAAUAAGGCCACGGUGAAUCUCUUUUCACGGCUGUUGAUUGGCUGUCACAGCCAUCGCUUGAAUUUGGCAGUGGAUCAGUUCCUCAAAGCUAAUGUCAGUGAUGUGCUCUCCAAUGUGGCUGCAGUCAUGGUUAAGCUUCGAUCGUUGAAAGCGGGGGGCCCACUGCGAUUAACCACCAUGUUGAAGCCCAAGCUACGCAAUGCCACCAGGUGGACUGGCGCUGUGUCCAUGUUUUAA